AUGGUGGACUACUGGGUGUCUAGGGAGCGGCACUAUUGCAAGUACUGCAAUGUGUGGAUGCAUAUCGACAAACUGAGUAUCAAGCACCAUGAGCAAGGUCGAAAGCAUAAGGACAAGAUCCAGGAGACGCUCAAACUUAAGCGUCAGGCAAAAUCGGAUGCUGCAAAUGCGCAGAAGGAAGUAUAUGAGCAGAUAAAGCUAAUCGAAGAGGAAGCACAAGUCAAGUAUGAUCAGGAUAUGGCCAUCCGCGGCAUGAGACCACCGCCACCGCCUCGUUUUGGAAAGAGCAAUGCAGCACCUCCUCCUCCUAGACAAAGCAGUGUUAAAACUCCAAUUUUAUCGUCAAAUACGAGAAAACAGUUACAUGAAGUUUAUUAUUGUCCACACAUUGAGCCAAAAGAAGUGGACGAAGAAAAACAGGAGGAGGACAACGGAGUGUACGCUGUGCGAGGGAAUGUAUAUUUGGAAGGCAAAAAGCACGAGACACAGUUGGAGGGUGGAAGUGCAUGUCAGAUCUGGGUAGAAAAGACCGAGCAGUGGCUAGAUGCAUUAGUGGAACAGGCUACAGUGCACACGGUCCCUAAUACUGACAUGAGUUUCAGACGCUUUACGAUCAUGUACAUGUUGCCACCGUCGGAAGAAAGUGUAAAGAAUGGAGAUAAUAAACCCACACCAGUUACUGAACGUGAGGUGCUAGCGGAUCGCUUGCGAAUCCCGUUGCCAACGAAUAUGACGCUUGAAACUGCAGGAAAAAUGGUGGAGACGUGGCGAAAUGGUGGAACAGUAGAAGCAGCACCUCGAGCACCUGUUGUAGUCGAUGAGACGACUGGCAUGGGUGAGUGGAGUACAGUGGAAGUACGACAAAUUGAUGAAAGCCCAGAAGCUAUAGCGAAAUGUGCGGAAGACGCUGAGGCGAAGGCUACACGGCUUGCUGAGGAGCAAAACAAAAUAGAUACUCUGGAUGAUUAUUCUACGCAAGGAGACAACGCUCUGGGUGCGUUUAACCCGUGGGGAGGCACCUAUAAGGGUGUGAACCUGGAAGAUGCUGCAGAUGCGACUGCUGAUGGUUCAUUGCCGUGUACACAAGUAACACGUCGUGAACAGGAGAUUAAUAUCACUACAAAAGGGAAUAUCCGCUUCAAGAAGCGCGGCCAAAAGAAGCAAAAACGUCGCAGGAUACACAUGGAUGACGACUAG